CAGAAAAAAAAGCACCACCAUAAAAGGACGUCUACUCAGCUCUCUUAAAGCAACAUGAUGAGCUUAACUGACUUCAGUUUGGACAAACACUGACUGCUAGCUACUACGGAGGCAAGUCACUGACAUUGGGGGUGACUACCAUGCCGGAGAUGGCUGACAACUGUACCCCAGCCCUGACAACUCUGCAGGAUGGCGGCUGUGAUCUCUAUGCGCACUACAACACAGCCAGGGUCCUGAUGCCCUUGCACUACAGCCUCGUCUUCAUCAUUGGGCUGGUGGGCAACUUGCUGGCCUUGGUGGUCAUUGUGCAAAACAGGAAAAAAAUCAAUUCGACCACCCUCUAUUCAACCAAUCUGGUGAUUUCCGACAUCCUGUUCACCACAGCUCUGCCCACUCGGCUGCUCUACUACGCGUGGGGCUUUGACUGGCGGCUGGGCGACGCCCUGUGCAGGGUCACGGCGCUCGUGUUCUACGUCAACACGUACGCGGGGGUGAACUUCAUGACCUGCCUGAGCGUCGACCGCUUCUUUGCUGUGGUGCACCCGCUGCGCUACCACAAGAUGAAACGGAUCAAGUACGCCAGAGGCGUCUGCGUGCUGGUCUGGCUUCUCGUGUUUGCUCAAACACUCCCGCUCCUCAUCAGCCCCAUGUCAAGGCAGGAGGCAGAAAGGACGACGUGCAUGGAAUACCCCAACUUUGAAGACACGGCCUCGCUGCCCUGGAUCCUGCUGGGUGCGUGCCUGGUGGGGUAUGCGCUUCCCCUCGUCGUCAUUCUCUUCUGCUACUCGCAAAUCUGCUGCAAGCUCUUCAGAACCGCCAAGCAAAACCCACUGACGGACAAAUCUGGGGUGAACAGAAAGGCUCUCAACACGAUCAUCUUCAUCAUCGUUGUGUUUGUUCUCUGCUUCACACCUUACCACGUCGCCAUCAUUCAACACAUGAUUCGGAAGCUCCUUUAUCCUGGUCUGGGAUGCAGCCAAAGAUACUCGUUCCAGAUAUCUCUGCACGUCACUGUGUGCCUGAUGAACUUCAAUUGCUGCAUGGACCCUUUUAUAUAUUUCUUUGCGUGUAAAGGGUACAAGAGAAAGGUCAUGAAGAUACUGAAGCGACAAGUCAGUGUAUCGAUUUCCAGUGCUGUGAGGUCGGCUCCUGAAGAAAACUCAAGGGAAAUGGCAGAGUCACAGCUGAUCAUACACUCCAAGUCUUCAAAUGGAAAGUAAAAAGGAUGACAUCUUGGAAGUUAUAGCCAAACAACACUGCAGACCUUGUCUCAUAAAGUGAAACGGCUGUUCAUCUCCAGUCAGGAUUCUCUCACUGGGCACUACUUCCCACUGUCAACUCAAUCAGCAAACGGACUGAGACACACGUCAGCUCACGAGGACCACGUAAAGGAAGCCUUACUUUGGAAAUGAAAGGCUCUGUCCAGGGCUGGGGCAAUGGCUCAGUGGUGAAAGUGCUUGCUGUGCGAAGCUGGCCGGCAGAGUGUGGGUCACCAGGACCACAUAAAGCUGGACACAGUAGUGGACGCAUCAGUAAUCUCAAUGGCUUAUGGCAGGCACCGAGAGGUAUCAGGAGAACUCUGAAACUUGUGGUCCAUUAGCAUGGUAUUCAGAGUGGCAAAACACAAGGCAAUACCUUGUUCCAAACAAGAUGGAAGGCAAGGACUGACACUCUGAGGCUGCCUUCCGUCCUCCACACAUGCACUCACAGCACACACGUGUGCAAGUGCACACUCACCAGACACAUAGCAUACAUACGAGAAGACAGACGUAUUAUAUCCAGAGGGGAGCUACAGUAAUAGUUGUUGAUAUAAAAAAGCAUUUUAUGUCAAUAAAAACCCAAUUAUCAUAUUUCCUGCCAAUAAUCUCACAAAAGAAUAAAGACUGAUUCCAUUGUA